AUGGAUCGUACUGUGGAGCAACGUUACGCUAUCAAAUUCUGCGUUAAACUUGGAAAGUCCGCCACCGAAACGUUGCCAUUAAUUCAGCAGGCCUUUGGGAGUGAUUGCUUGUCAAAAUCACAAGUUUUCCGAUGGCACAAGUCGUUCAAGGAGGGCCGAGAGGAAGUCACCGACGAACCCCGCAUUGGACGUCCAUCAACCUCCCGAAUUGACGAAAAUGUGACGCGUGUGCGUGAUUGUUUAAAUUUUGACAGACGGUUGAGCCUUCAAUUGAUAGCAGAAACUCUUAACAUUACGAAAACAACAGUUUUUCGUAUUGUAACCGACGAUUUAAACAUGAAAAAGGUGUGCGCCAAACUGGUCCCUAAAGUGUUGACCGACGAACAAAAGAACAUGCGAGUGCUUCGAUGCCAAGAACUCUUGGAAAUGUGUGAAAAUGAUCCUAAUUUUUUAAACUCAGUUAUCACCGGUGAUGAGUCGUGGAUUUUUGAGUACGACCCGGAGACAAAAAGACAGAGUUCAGAGUGGCACACUCCAUCGUCGCCCCGCCCCAAGAAGGCACGCAUGAGCAAAUCCAGAAUCAAAACCAUGCUCAUUGUCUUCUUUGACGUCAGAGGCAUUGUUCACCAUGAAUUCGUACCUACAGGGACCACUGUGAACGCAGCUUUCUACUUGGAAGUGCUAAAAAAAUUGAAAAAAAGGGUCACACGUUGCCGAAGCGACAUCAAGAACGCGUGGAAGCUGCAUCAUGACAACGCGCCAAGCCACAGCGCCUUCGUUGUCAACGAUUUCCUGGCCAAGACCCACACCCCAUUGGUUUCCCAGCCUCCCUACAGUCCCGACCUGGCACCCGCAGACUUUUUUUUGUUUCCUCGUUUAAAACAAGGCCUGAAAGGAAAACAUUGGGGCACAAUUACAAACAUCCAGGCACAUGUGACAUCGGCUCUAAAGGACAUCCCGGAGAAGGCCUUUCAGGAUGCCUUCCAGGCCUGGAAGCAUCGCCUCCAAAAAUGUAUCGAUGCGGGAGGGUGCUAUUUUGAAGAUUUCUAA